UUGCAGAGCUCAACAUUAUUUCACCCAAGAUUGGUUCAGCGUGUGUGUGCGUGUGUGUGCAUGCAUCACUGUGUGUUUCAUCCCGUUUAUAGUGCCGCACCCUGCCUUCUGUGCGUAAAAGCCACCACGUAGCCGACAUCAUCAUCAUCAUCAUCACCGCACACCACGUUUCUUCCAGCAGCGGAGGAUAACGGUUCACCUCACGGGCAGGUUGGACACAGAGAUGGGAGAGGAGCGGCGGCUUUUCUGGCUAUGACACAGACACAGCGGGCGGGAAGGAUGGCUCUCACCAGCCGGGAAAUGUUGUGCUUGAUCGGAACCGCCUGUCUCUGGCUGCCACUGUUAGCUGAGGUGGUGGCUGAAGACAGCUACUUAAAUGAGGUGCAGAACUCAGUGCCUCUGUCAUGCUCUGAGGGAUUCACAGAACUGGGAUACUACAACGGCACCGUGUCGCAGACAGACUCUGGUGCCCCCUGUCUGAAAUGGACUGAGUUUCCAGACUAUGUCAUGCAGUACCCGGGCCGCGGCCUGGGUGACCACAACUACUGCAGGAACCCGGAUCGCGAGUCCAACCCGUGGUGUUUCUUCCGACAGAACUCAGGAGCAAUUGGCUGGGCCUACUGCGACUGCCACCAGGGUGCUACACGUCUGGUUGGCAGCUCGAUCUCUGGCAGCGGGCGAGUUGAGGUUUACCUGAACGGCCAGUGGGGAGCAGUGUGCGACUCUCACUGGACAGACCGGGAUGCCAGUGUGAUCUGCAGACAGCUGGGUCUGGGCGAUAUCGGCACAGCGUUGCAGCACUCUCAGUUCGGCUCGGGCUCUGGCCUAUUUCACUACGAACGUCUAGGUUGCCGCGGUGAUGAGAACACCCUGAGUAAGUGCCGGAGCAGGAUGUUCGUCACUGGUGACUGUAGCCAUGGAAACGAAGCAGCAGUGGUGUGCGCACCACCAGAAGGCAGUGGCCCUCCUCUGCGACUGGUUGGAGGUGAGGAAGACUUUGAAGGUCGUGUGGAGGUGUUUCAUGCAGGAAGGUGGGGCUCUAUCUGCGAUGACCAGUGGGACGACAGGGACGCAGAGGUGGUGUGCAGACAGCUCGGUUUUGGCGGUGUGGCGAAAGCCUGGUCCUGGGCUCACUUCGGUCAGGGUUCAGGUCCCAUCCUGCUGGAUGCGAUGAAAUGCACAGGAAACGAGCUGUUCCUGGAUCAGUGUCCUCAUGGCAACUGGGAGCAGCACAACUGUGACCACAUGGAGGAUGCUGGGGUCUCCUGCAGCCCUUAUACAGACGGUGUGGUGCGUCUGGUUGGAGGAGACAGUCCCUGGGAGGGCCGAGUCGAAGUGUUUCAUAACGGUGACUGGGGGACGGUGUGUGACGACCACUGGACCCAGCAGCAUGCAGAGGUGGUCUGCAGGCAGCUGGGUUACAGGGGUCACGCUGAGGUCGUAUCUGAUGGGACGUUUGGCGAGGGCGUGGGCCUGAUCCUCCUGGACGAUGUCCAGUGCGAGGGAUCUGAAACCUCGCUGCUGGAUUGCCAACAUGGGAUUUGGGGACGGACCGACUGCUCCCACAGCGAGGACGUCGGUGUUCGCUGCAGAGGAAGGUCCGAUGAGGAGACUAAUGAGGUGCCGGUCAUCGCACCUUCCACAGGUCCCCUGGUGCGUCUUGUGGGUGGCAGCAGCAGGAAGGAAGGUCGAGUCGAAGUGUAUCUCCAUGGUGACUGGGGAAGUAUUUGCGACUCAGGCUGGAACGAUCUGAACGCAGCCGUGGUGUGCAGACAGCUUGGACACAGCGGUCGAGCAGUUGCAGCUGGAGGGUUUGGUCAGGGGAAAGGACCCGUCCACCUGGACCAGGUGAGGUGCACAGGGAAAGAGGAGUUCCUAGGCGAGUGUCCCUCUCUGGGCCAGAGCAUCCAGGGCUGCAGACGAAGGGAGGAUGCAGGGGUACGGUGUGACAUCACGCCACGAGAAUCAACGGCACAGAUUAAGCCUGAAGAGCCGAGCUGUGGGCUGAGGAAGAUGGCCGAGGAAGAUGGCAAGAGGAGGAAUCAGGGAGAGGAAAACAUACUCAGGACCACGUGGCCAUGGCAGGUGUCUGUGUGGCUUCGGUCUCAGGAAGAAGACAGCAGUCCUCUCUGCAGUGGCACUCUGAUCAGCCCCUGCUGGGCCCUGACGUCUGCAUACUGUGUCACCAGGUUUGGCGGCGAUCCGUCCCGGUACGUGGUGAUAGUUGGGGGGUCCGAGCGGCGCCUCACACCGGAGCAGGUGGUGGUUCACAGGAAGUUUAAGGGUCAGAGCGGUGGACACGAUCUGGCUUUGCUUAAGCUACCUAACUCAAAGAAUCACUGUCUGACCUUUGAUCCCAACACCAAUGCAGCAUGCCUUCCUGCCACUGACACAGACUCAGGGGGAAGUACUCCAUCUUCUUGUGUGGUCACGGUUACAGCUGGCUGGACGGGUCCAGACUCUGUUCUUGCUUCCUGGGUCCCUCUGAUGUCAUCAUGGCAAUGUAAGAAGCGCUAUGGCAACAGUUUCUCCAGUCACGGCACCCUGUGUGCUGGCAGUCCUCCAGACACCAGCCUCCUCCAUGACGACAGUUGCCAGGGCAACUCUGGAGGCGGGUUAGUGUGUCAGGCGGAGACAGGUCGAUGGAUCCUCACUGGCGUUGUCGCCGGGGGUUACGGCUGCGCUGAUCCCUCCUCACCUGCGCUCUACACGCGAGUCAGCCGCUUCAGGAGCUGGAUCGACGAGGUCAUCAAUGUGCAAGCACGCCCGGAGGCGCCAAACGCACAUAUACAAGGAGAUCUGCCACACAAUGACAUAACACACAUGCACAGCGAGGGCAAAGAUGUGUCCUUCCACACGCACAGCAAACACGCACACGAUCAGCAGCCAUCAAAUGAAAUCAAUGAGAUUAAACACACACACUCUCAUCAUUCACACACCAAAAACACACACACACACCGGGCGGAGGACGCAAACACACAAAUUCUGGUCUGAUUGAGGCCGUGCCGUUGGCUUACCACCUGUGCCAUGUGACCACCUGAGGAGGGUUAAAGGAUGAGGAAAAGAAAAGAAAGAUGCUCCCAAACUUCAGUCAGUGCAAAUGGCCGUCUGUCAAAUCUGAACUCAGUCUACGUGAAUCGCGGGUGUGUGCUGUGGGCAGGCUUUCCUGAGCUGUACGGGUCAUUUGCGGUGCUCGACGUGUGAGUUUCAGCCCGUUUAGACCAAAACAGGUCGACAGAUUUAUCAGCACGCCGAUCAGGCCCUUUUACUGAAAAUAAAAAAAAAUCCCAAUUGCAUGUACUUUAAGGAAUCUACUGCUCGUGUAAAGUAUUCCGGGGGGAAAAUUUUGAGACGGUCACACAAGAAUCUAUGCUAAUUUCACCUAUUUACAUUGUGUGAGCUUAAGAAAAAGAGCAAAACAUCAAGUACAAAGGCUGACUGAUCAUCACUGAUGUCCCUUUGAGAUGAUUAAUGUAGAUAAACUCCAAACUCCUCGCAGAAGGUGAGGCUCGUCCCACAUUAGGUUUUUAUAAAAAUCCAGAUGUGGCUUUCUUUUUCAAACAGGGCUUCUCUCUUCAGGCUGUUGUCUUAUACCUUUACUGGUGAAAGUGCAGUUGUUCAUUUGGACCCAUGACUAAGCUACUUAACUCAGGACCAUACCACUGAUUUAGCAAGUUUUAGUGCAUUUAUUAACAAAUUAGGUCACUUUGCAUUACACACGUUCUCCUUUAGCUUGUUUCUUAUUUGGAUAGAUUAACCUUAUUUGCCCCUUUUAAAGCGCUUAUUAAUGCCUUACUGAGCCAAUCUCUUUGUAAUCUCUUUUAUCUUCCUUCCUUUCACGUCACCUCUCAACCAGUCACGGUCUCUCCCUGAUCCUGGUUGACCCGGAGGUCUCUUCCUGGUAAAAUUGAGUUCUUCCUUCCCACUGUUGCCAACAUUGUACUUACUGUCUGAUCAUUGUAGUAAAAAAGUCUAUUGCAUCAACUGUUUGGGAAUUAUUAAUACAAAGUUGUUGUACGAUUGACUGACAAACAGUCUCAUGACCAGAUAGGGCAGUUCCCUAAUUUUUCUAUAAUAAAUUAAACAGAUAAAAGAUGCAAAGUUGAUUUUAAGUGUUGACCAUGCAUUUGAAAUAUUUAAGGCACAAAGCAAUGAAAGUGAAGGUGACCAUCAUUGGGCUGAAGAACCAAAAUAAACCCAUCAGAGAGAUAGCAAAAACUUUAGGAAUGGCCAAAUCAGCAAUCUGGGACAUUCUGAUUACACUCAAGAACAACAAGGCCAGAUUAGGCUUUGCCAGAAAACAGAGGGACAGAUGAAACCAAGAUUAACUUGUGGCAGAAUGAUGGGAAGACAAAUGUAUGAAGAAGGAGAGAAACAACUCAUCAAGUUCUGUCAGAGCUUUGCAAGGGAGGAAGCCGAGCAUUUGAUGUUGUCCAUAGGUUUUAGACUUCAGGCGGGGGUUUUGAUCCAAGAAUUAAAAACAACCGCUAUAUUGAAAAUAAUGCCAGUUAAUAUGUUUUAAAAUGGCUGUAAUUCCCAAACAGUUAAUGGAAUACUUUAGUAAAACCCCUUGAAUUAAAGCUGAGACUCUGCACUUUAACCACAUAUUGAUUGCGUGAUUGAAAAUCCACUGCGAAGGUGUGCAGAGGCAAAAAAUUUUUUAAAAAUCUUAUUGUCCAAAUAUUUAUGGACAGACCUCUACCUUAACAAACUGAUGUAGUGAUAAAGUACAAUCAUGCAAAGUAAGGGAUUAUUAUGUGCUUUGUCUUGAUCAUUGAUAUUUGCAGUAAGCCGCAAAUAUCACACAAACUUAGACUAACCCAAUACAACCAAAAGGAAAUAAGAAAAAUUGAAAUACAUAUGAGAAAUUUAAUCAUUGUGUGUUACAUUAUAUUACAGAAAUAUAUGAUUUUUUCUAUUAUGCCAGAACCUUUAAUAACAACAAAAUGCAUAUUAUUCUUGGUUAAAUGAAAUAAAUUUAAAAAAAUGGUUAAAAUACAAUUUUAUAAUAAUGCCAAUGAUUUUCUUUUGGCUGUGGUUAAAAAGAAGAAUCCCUGCUAGUGUGAUUAAUGUGUUAUUAAUUAAUGUGAUUUUUGUGCAAUACUAAAUCAAAAUCCAUGACACUAAAUGUCUUAUCUGUAGAUAUUUUCUCAGAGUAGUCUAGGGGUAAACCAGGCCGCUCAUCCUAUGAUAACAGCAUAGAACAAACAGCUGCAGGCGUCUGAUCAUUGAUUUCUGAUGUCUGAGCAGGGAAACAAAGGAAACGGUGGCUGAAUGACAACAACCUUGUUUGGAAAUAAGUCCACGGUUGCAUUAAGUGUACUGGUUAAAGAGCUAAAAUGUGCAAAAACACUGGUAUGGUCCUUUAAAAUUGUACAGGACUCUCCUUUUAAAGCCAUUGGAAGCUGACUGUUGGGUCAUAAAUAUCUUUUUGUACUGGCUCUAGAUAGAUAAAUAGACAGGUCCUCAGAUAGACAGAUAGCUAGCUGCUACUUCUGCAUUUAGAUAGUAUGUGUUCUGCAUUCAUUCUUGACUGGAUUAGAUAGCCGAGCUGGUGAAGUUAAACGUUGUCUGAUCUGUUGUUCUCUGAGCAGAUGUGUGAUCUGACCAGACGAUGGCGACAUUGCUCUAUUUUAACAGGGUCCAUCAGGUACCCUGGUGGUUCUUUUUAUACUGUUUAUGCUGUAAGUGUAUGGACUUGUGCUUAAUAUACUGUGAACCAUUGUGUCGUGAAGCAUCCUGUAACCUUCAACUCCAACAUUUCUCCAAGCCUGUUGUUAUAAUCCUGUACAUAAACUCAAGCCCUGCUACCACAGACUUGAUGUUUGACCAUGCAGAUCCUGUUGGUUCAUGUAAAUACUGUAUGUCUCUGGCUGGGCGAUGAGGGCGCAGACAGGCUAAAGGGUUUCAGAUGUACUCCUGCUUUACCUGUGUUAAACCCAUCAGCUGCUCCUCAGUGUAAUGUGCUGAAUCAUGGUUGAGUAUUAAAAAUGUGUACCUGCUGAGAA